AUGCUAGUAUGGGUACGAAGGAGAAUGGGCGACAGUAUCAUCAUCUUUAUCGACAACAACAGCAACAGCAGCAGCAGCAGCAGCAAGAGAGGGGUACGAAUGGGUCGGUAUUGGGUGGUUUGAUGCGAUUUGAAGCUCGAAGGAGUGAUUUUGCAGGCGAAGCGUUUAUGGCGUUGAAGGAGCGGGGACAUUUCCGGACACUGCGGUUCUUGGAUUUAUAUCAGUGUCCUGGGCUGGAUAGUCAGAUGACGAUUGAAAUUCUAAAGGAGUGUCCAUUGUUAGAAAGCUUUGAUGGGAACCAGCUCCUGGCUAGGGAUAUAUUGCUAUCGAGUGGGCAAAGGCGUCAGCGGUGGAACCGAGAUGAACGGGACGAGGAGAGGGGGGACAAGGAAGAUGGAGGAUGGGUGUGUACGGGAAUGAAGUAUUUAGACCUGCAUAUUACUGGGUUCGCGAAUGGGAUGGAAGAUGUGAGGACGCAUUGGCAGGUGUUUGAACAGCUCGCGAAACUGGACAAGCUAGUUUAUCUGUCCAUUGGAGGGAAGUGCAGCGCCAACACCAGCAUUAGCAAUGAUAAUCCAAGGAAUGCAACGGCAGAAAAUGUGGGCGAUGGCGCUGUAAUGUCGUCCAUGUCUUCGUCCUCGACACCCCCACCCUCAAUAUCAUCCAUAGGCCCUCAGACUACGGCUGUGGCUACAGGAGCCAGUGGUGGACUCGAUAUUCGGUUGCGGUCAGGAUUAGGUCAGCUUUCGACACUGAAGCGAUUACGGAUGCUAAGGUUCACGGGGGUGGAGCAGCAGAUGGAGGUCGAGGAUGUAGAAUGGAUGCUCGAGAACCUGCCGGAGCUGAAGGUCGUCCAAGGAAGGCUACAUACGGAUCCGGCGAAGCAGCAGGUGUUGGAGAAGGUGUUGGAGCGAGGCAGGGUAUCGGCCUGGAGCAUGUAUAAUAACGUACAGCAGGCCCAGCAGAAGUAGUAAAAGCGUAGGCGGAGGUACUUAUUGGUGCGGUGUUUUAAAUCUAUGGAAACUUUACACGUACUCCUGAAUCUUAAUAAAUCAAGAUAACUAGAAGCAAAGUGGAGCAGUUUCUUGGAAGAGACACCUCACGGAAAGCAGGUUAGAGAGAUAGAGAGGGAGAGAGAUAGAGAGAGAGAGA